AUGCCCUCCUAUGACAACCUCUCCGAACUGCCCAGGAGGCUCAAGACCCUCAAGUCGGCUUUAGACAGUGAGAGCUUUGAUGCUGAUGGCACCAUCCAUGUUGAUGGCAUUGUCGGCUCAGCCACAAUCGCCCCCUCUGGGCGAGAUGUCGCCUUAGCCUCACCCGAUGGGCUUGCCAUCAUCGACUUGGACUCUCCGUACAGUACACCUCGGCGGCUGCGAAGUCAUGGCAUGCCCUGGCUCGUUGUCGAUGUACAGUGGUCCCCUUUUGCUGCUCGAGACUAUUGGAUCGUGUCGACAGCCAACCAUCGCGCUCUCGUUUGGAACUUGAACUCGAGAGAAGAGUCUAGUGCCGGUGCCAUUGAACAUUCCUUGCAAGGCCACAGCAGAGCCAUAACCGACGUCAACUGGUCCGCCCACCAUCCCGACUUCUUGGCUACCUGCUCUGUGGAUGGCUAUGUUCAUUCGUGGGAUCUUCGAAGACCUCGCCAGCCUGUUUUAACCUUCUGUGAUUGGUCCUCCGGAGCUUCUCAAGUUAAGUAUAACCGUCAAGCCUCUCACAUCCUUGCCUCCGCUCAUGACCAGUUCCUGCAUAUCUGGGAUGAGCGGCGGACAUCGGAGCCUCUUAAAACCAUUAAAGCCCACGACUCCAAGAUCUAUGGCUUGGACUGGAAUCGUACCCGGUCAACCGUGAUUGCCUCAUGUUCUAUUGAUAAAACCAUCAAGUUUUGGGAUUACAGUGAUGACGGCGACCAACCGGAACAUGUCAUCCACACUGGAUUCCCAGUGUGGAGAGCGCGACACACUCCCUUUGGAGAGGGCCUUCUUGCUAUGCCCCAGAAUGAACCAGGUGAUCUUUAUCUGUACGACGUGAGGAGACCCAAUGGAUCGUGCAUUAGUGCCUCGACUGAUCCGGUCGUUGUCUUCCCUGGCCAUGGAGACCACAAGGCCAAGGAGUUUCUAUGGAGAAGUCGCGGCGGCAUCACAGACGCCGGGAUCGAUGAACGCGAAUUCCAACUUGUAUCCUGGGGCGCAGACAACGAACUGAGGCUGCAGGGCGCCGAUGCUCAUGUUCUCUCUGCUGUUGGCCAUACUCGAGGCCAGCAUGUGACGAACACGAUGCCUCUGACUCGCAAGGGUGCUACGUACAAGACCUUCCGUACCGUGGAUGACAACUCCAACCGUGAACGGAAAGCUGCGACAAUGAGUGACCACCGCCCAGGCGCCCCGAGCAGCAAUUAUAAACAGAGCGCCCUCACCAUUGGGAUGCGCUCAGCCGCAAACUCCAGCCAUCGUAUGGGUGUCGCUUGGCGAGGCCCAUCGAUGAAGGCGAAGGUUGGCAUGGGGGGAGCCACCGAUCGAAACCAGUCGCAAAUUGGUUGGAUGAAGGGCAUCACCAUGACAAAGAGGAAGUCAUCGGCAGAUGCAUCGAAGCGACACCCACCUAAAGAUACCGGAAUUUUUGGCCACGCAUACCUCGAUGAUGAAUGGGGCGAGCCUGACACCAUCCAAGAAGAGCUUCUGCGCAUCAGCACCCAGCUUCCCAAAGUCAAGUGGGAGAACAUUGAUAUGGAUAGUUUAACAUUGAAUGCUUCUCUCAAUGGUCCGUGGGGCGCCAAAGGGGAGACCAUCUUUAUCAAGGUCAGAAUCGACGUUCCCUCCAGUUACCCAAAGGGCAAGGCGCCGAAAUUCCUCAUUGAAAAGACAUCUUUCAUGCCGACAAGGGUGCACAAGAAAAUCGAGCGAGAAAUCCACCAACUCGCUGAUCAAUUUGUGCAGAGGAAGCAAAACUGUCUAGAGGUUGCCUUUACGUACCUAUUGGGAGAGGUCGAUCUUGAAACCAGUACAACCUUCUUCAAAAAUGUUCGGGAUCUCGAUGACGAAAUCGAUGCCAUGGCAGAUGAAAGUUCAAGUGAAUCGGACGAGGACAUCCCAGCAGGUGGCUCGGCUUCGAUGUCCCAAGAACUCAUACCACACAACGACACAGAGACCGCCCUCGCGCCCCCCAACCGAACCAUCAUACCACCGCCACCUAGGACAUGCGGUGCUCGAUUUUCUCACAAUGGCAGGCUCAUCUGUUUCUUCCCUACGAAAGAAGAAAAGGCGAGAGCUUUGUUCUCGACAACCUUGGAUGCAUAUAGGGAACGUCCCAAGGGAGAACCUUUCUUCGCAGGCUUUGGCAGGAUUGCCCAUGAACUUGGCCCCAGGCAAAGGUUUAUGGUGGGCGAUGACGGUUCAGGGUCGGAUGGUGAGUCCAAUUCGGACGGCUCUCGCUCGUCAUCUUCCUCUUCAAGCGACUCAGAGUCAACAUCGAUGCACAAGAUCAGCCUCUGGUACCAUCCCAGUCGCCAAUUCAGAAAAACGUGGAGCGAGGAUCGUUCUAUUCGAUCAAGUGGUGGGGGAACCGGAGCCGGCACAGGUACGGGCACGGGUACCAGCCGUCGUCGACCUGGACGGCCGAGAAACCUGAUAUCGAUCCAUGAUCUGCGGGCCCUCCUCCCGUCCAAGGAGGAGUUUGGCCAAGAGUAUGCCAUCUUUGGUGACGGUGCUGAGGUUUGUGAACACAACGCCAAGGUUGCCGAAAAAUAUGGUGCCAAGGACCUCGUUCAUGUCUGGCGCUACUUGGGUCUUUUGCUCAAGAGGGGAAUCCCGCUCGAGUUUCUUGCGCACAACCAGAGGCGCGAGUCUAUCCUGAUCAUAGCCCACGAUGUGGUAACCAAGUGCAGUGGAGAUAGCUCUCUGUCUGAUGUUGUUGAAACAGGUGGCGGCCUCUCAGGCAGAGUCAAAUGGGGCGGACACCCUCUCGCCAAGGGAUUCAUUGUGGAUUUGUUUGACUACUUUGAGAAAAUUGCCGACAUUCAGAUGCUGGCUAUGCUCUCGUGCAUAUUCGGCGACUCUUCUGCUGAGGAUAGUGUUGCCUACUUCGAAUCUCACCUAACACAGCCAGACACACCGCUCCCGUUUAAGGCGCCGUCGUUUUCCCUCGAUUACUUCCCGACAGACACCUCAGUCUGGAACAUUUACAGCCGAAGCUACACUAAUUCCGCUACUACGACCCCUAUGACUAUGCAUACGCCACACUAUGCAGGAUCUCAAGCUUCUGAUGAAGGGCUAUGGAACGGAGACCCGGCGUCCAAUUCGUAUUCUUGCGGAGAGACGCCGCCAAACAAGUUCAAGGGCUAUCUCGGAGAGCUUGAGCCACCUCCCAGCGUGUCCACCUCACCCAAUACACGCUUUGUCCGGGCAAAUUCAGGCUUAGCAUCGGCGUUUGCAGCAAACCUCCCUCGGUCCUUUACUACAGGGAGCUCAUCAUCGCCGCCGGGUCAGGGGAGGAAGAAACCAAGCCCUGCUGAGACUAUACUGAGUAGUCUUGCACCGAGCAUGGGAAAUGUGGGGUGGAGUGUCUCGACGGCGAUGGAUUCCAGCGGUGGCAGAACGUCCCUGUCUGACGACGAAUACCGUAGGGACGAAUUUUUGCCUUUGGUUCCGAUAAAUGUUUCGGUUACGAUGGAAGAUCAAACCAUCUUUGACGAUGAUGGGUGGCUGAACACGCCCCUCCUUGAGCCAAGUAGAGCCGACAUCUAUGCGAACUAUCGGUACGCGUAUGCCGAGAUGCUACAGAUGUGGAACCAGCCUCUAGCUCGAUUGGAGAUUAUGAAGUUCAACGUUCUUAAGGAGGACACAACUGUCGGGCACAUGGAUGGCAGCUCCACGACGCUCCACGACGGGGCGAGUGGUAACGUGUCUGGCCAUCACCCAAGCUCCUCCCCCAUUGCGAUGGGAAAACGGGAUCAGCUCCAGGCCCUCUUGGCUUCAGGUCGUGGCAUCGAUGUCACAGGAGUCUGCCGGAUCCACGAAACACAGCUCGAGCCGCUGCGUUAUACAUCUACAAACUCGACUGCUGGCGGAGCUGUGGGAACGUGCGACCGCUGUCACCGCCUGCAGAGCCAGCUUCGGUGCGUUUACUGUCUCGAGCCAGUCGAUGCCCUGUUCCCUCCUUGUUUGGCAUGCGGAUGCGCUAGUCAUGAGGCGUGCCUUGCAGAGUGGCACGCGGCUGGAGAAACCCAAUGCCCUGCAGGUGACGAGUGUAACUGUGUUGAAGAGGCAGCGGACGGCCAGGUUGAAUCAUGGGCUGCUCUCCAGGGAGCCAUGUUGAAGGGUCACAGACACCUUCCACUGUUGCCCGGACCAGCCCUGGGUAGUGACGAUGAGUCAAAAGUGAGUGGCGGUUGGGAGAGAGUCGAACCAAACGUGCCAAGCAGGAUGCAAGGGCUAUCAGCUGCCAGCAUCAGCUUGGGGAGUCGACUGAAGAAGUCGGCAGGAGACUGGUCGCGGGCUUCAAGUUUGCGAAAGCCCGAAAGGAGUCGAUUUUGA